GCCGCACCUGAGAGCAGACACACCUGGAAGCAGCUUCUGGAGACUCAGCGGCGUUUAGUCCGGAGCUAAACAGGGAAAAAGAAGUUUAUGGAUAAAUUAAAGAACGUGCUGGGCGUUCAGGAUGAAGGAAGCCGAGACGGGCCCGGGAUACUGGAGAGAGCCAAUCAGGCGUCGACGCUGGCCUGGGGGACGAGGAUAAAGGGCUUCUUGAUCUGCUUCGUUUUGGGCGUUCUCUGCUCCGUCCUGGGCACCUGUAUGCUGUGGAUCCCGGGUUUGGGUCUCGCUGUGUUCGCUGUCCUCUACAGUUUGGGAAACAUCUGCGCUCUUGGCAGCACCAUGUUCCUGAUCGGUCCGCUAAGGCAGCUGAAGACCAUGUGCGCCAAAGAGAGAGCGUUUGCCACCAUCAUCAUGCUGGUUUGCCUGGUGUUGACGCUGUGUGCUGCUUUCUGGUGGAAGAAUAACGGCCUCGCUCUGCUGUUCUGUAUCCUCCAGUUUCUGGCAUUCACCUGGUACGGCCUUUCAUACAUCCCCUUUGCCAGGGACGCCGUCAUCAAACUCUUUUCGAUGUGCGUCUAGACGUGGCGGCCCUCUGGAGUGACAGCCUGUCUGACCAAUCAGGACGCAGGACACUGUGAGGCGUGUGUCCAGUCAGCAGCGAGCAGCCGCUCCUGGGGGAACUGACCGAGGCCUUAAACACUUCAAACCACGAAACCUGUGAAACUCGAGUGCCUUCAAAACCACUUACUGGUUUCCAUGACGACCAGUUAACUCUACAUGUACAGUUUGUGUUGUCGUAGCUGCUUUUAGCUGUUAGCAGGACUUCCUGUCUGUUCCACCUGGACUGAUACCCGGACGGGGCCGAGGCCUUCCUGCACGGAUCUAAUAUUUAUAUUUGUGAUAUUUUAAUGCAGCUACAUUUCAUAAGCAACAUUUCUUUAAUUAUAACUUUUAACCUUAAAAUACGGUUACGGGCACAUUUCAAAGCACAGCGCAGGAAGCUGCGAACGUCACGUGAUCUGGUGUCACACCGGCGGCUGUUAUCAAGUCGCAACAAACACGCUGUCAACUUAAAGCACCUCCAUACGAGGCAGACCUUCUAAAUAACUGCUACUACACUAAUACCAGCAAUACAUCAGGGGAAUAUUCUGCUCGUGUCAUACUACAAACUACCUGUGGAAACGAGCACCAACUGUGCCUCCAUAUCGUUUAUAUUCACAGAAUAUACACGUGCUUGACUGAACACUUGAAACACGGUCGCUCUGGACGCCCUGACACAGUCGCAGAUCUGUAAUCGGCUGCCGUGGCGAUCUGUCCUCCAAAUACAUCAAACAAAAAUUAAAAUAAAUGAUAAAAAAAGACUCGAAAUCAAUCAGUCGCAUAAGGAACAAAUCUUAAGCGUGAAAAACUAAGUCUAUUGUCAAGAUGAGCAAACAGUUGAUGCAGGUGCCCGAGCUGCGCAGCACCUAAAGCCUUAACAUGUACGGAGAUGAACUAAAAUAACAACACUGUAAUCAAAGGAAUUCAGCGCUGGAGGGAGCGUCCCGUUUAGAGGACAGGAAGUCACCCGGGAUCUCUGGUUCUGCUACAUCGAGUCCAGCAGCGUGAUGCUAAAUCUGUGGCGGGCUCUUUUAAGGGAAGCAAAUACACAGCGGUGCUUUAAAGUAGCUUUAGUUUGAAUUUUAACCAAAUGAAGAAACAAUGAUUGUAAAAGCUUCAUGUAGAGAAAGACGGGCUGCAGUCUCCUGUCAGCCUUUGUUCUGUUGAUGAGGCAGAAGAGAAGCUCGGCGCCUCUCAGGCAGUGUCACCAAUCACAGCCUGGAUGGGGCGGGACAUUUAAAAGUAUUGACAGAUAGGCGUCCUUCACGCUGGGGACGCUGGGGACGCUGGGAACAGGACGUCAGCAAUGUGGAAUAACAAAUGAAACGAUAAGAAAACCUGCAAAGCGACUGAAAUACAGAAGAAACAAACGGUCCAAAAGCUGAUUACUGAAUUAGAUUCUGUUUUUCUAUUUUGAAUUGUCUCCCGCCACCUAAAUUCUGUUUCCCUUCAUAUAAAUAAAGACAUCUCCUACAUAAA